AUGAGCUUGAAAAAUUAUCUUACCAUUGUUGUGAUUUGUUUCACAAUGUCUUUCUUUCUAAAUAUGAACUCAGUCAAUGCUUUGACUGUUGAUUGUCGUGGUGGAUACAACACAGGGUUUUUCCAGCAUAUCAAAUGGCCAUCGAAACAACACAAGUGUGAUCCUAAAAAUUGUCAUCAUAAUAACUGCGUCGCUGACGAUAAUAGUAUUCCGCCCAGUACACAGAAUUGUGUCAUCUACCAAUACUACGACAAAAAGAAUUUCGUCUGUCUCAAUUCUGCCGGUAAACAGUUCAAGUGCCCUCACCAGGAUUCCCAAGCACCAUUCAUAAGGUAG